AUGGCUGAAGAAGGCGGAAUGCCCGACCUGCACCAGCAGCAGCACCACCACGCCGAAAAGCCCAAGGCGCUCGACAUUCCGCCUCCGCUCGAGCAUGUCGCGACGCUUUCUUCGCCCGUGGCGCCCGGCCCGCCGCCGACCCUCCUCAACCGCCGCCGUGGCUCGCUCGACCUCGACGACUACUUCACGGGCCCGCGUGACAUCCAGAAGCACUCCAAGUGGCCCAUCUUCCUGCAGAUGCACGGCAGCAUCCUGCCAAAGCUCCUCCUGCCGCUCUUCUUCGUCAGUGUCUGGUCGACGGCCAUCACCUGCAUCCACGAGCUCGUGCACGACCUUGGCAUCAACUCGGUGCUGCUCACCGUCCUCGGUUUCGUCGUCGGUCUGGGUCUGUCGUUCCGCAACUCUACUGCUUACGAGCGAUAUGCCGAAGGCCGCAAGUACUGGGCCUCGGUCGUCCAGUCGUCGCAGGUCCUCGGUCGCGUCUUCUGGAUCCACGCCGCCGAGCGCACCGACCAAGACCCGCGCGAGCAGAUGCUCCGCAAGCUCAGCUCCAUGAACCUCAUCGUCGCCUUUGCCAUUUCCCUAAAGCAUGGCCUUCGAUUCGAACCCUACACGGCCUAUCCCGACCUUCAGCACCUCAUCGCUCACCUCGACACCUUUGCUCGCAGUGCCACGGAGACGGCCGGUCCUGCUGCCGCCAUCGAUGGGCGCAAGAAGAAGUUCUUCCGCGAGAUCGGCGAGUACCUGGGCGUCUCCUUUGCCGCCAGCAACCCGCGCAAGACGCUCAAGCGUGCGACGCAGCCCCUUGGUAACCUGCCGCUCGAGAUUCUCAACCACAUCGCCGUCACCAUCGACAUGCUCGUCCGCAACGACCAGCUGCGCGUCCCCAUGCAGCAGACGCUCGCCUACAACAACCUGUCGGCCCUCAACGACGCGCUCACGGGCACUGAGCGUGUCCUCUCCACGCCGCUGCCCAUUGCCUACACCAUUGCCAUCUCUCAGAUCACCUGGCUCUACGUUGCCGUCCUGCCGUUCCAGCUCGUCAAGCUGCUUGACUGGAUCGCCAUUCCGGCUUCCAUCGGUGCUAGCUUCAUCAUCCUCGGCCUCCUUUUCAUCGGCCGCGAGAUUGAGAACCCCUUUGGCCAGGACGUCAACGAUCUGCCCCUGGACAGCUACUGCGAGCAGAUCGCCGCCGACAUGGACAUCAUCGCCGCGUACGACAAGCAGGAUCCCGAGGCCUUCCUCUUCCGCCCUGCCAACAUGCCCCUCUACCCCAUUAGCACCGCCCCUGUCGGUGUCUGGAUGCACCGCUCCGAGGAACGCCUGCGCGAGACCAUCAAGUCCAAGCCGGCCAAGGCUUUUGAGUGGAGGAAAUGGGGCAUCAAGGGGACUGCCAACAACAGCGGCGCCACCAGCCUGCACGGCGACCACAACGUCUGA